AUGAGGACAAGGGACAGGGAUGGCACCGGCGGCAGCUGCGCCGCCCUGCCCGCUCCGCGCCCGCGGGAAAUCCCAAUAAAAGAAGGGAAAGUCAAGCCAGGAAAGUUCUUUCGGGGCGGAAAAAGAGUGGGGGACAGGCAGGACCAAACCCCGGACCCGCACCCCGAGUCCCACCCGGGGCACCCCCGAGGGGUCGGGGCCGGGGACCGCCCCUCGCCGCCGGGUUCGGCCCCGCUCCGCCCGCACCGGCGGCUCCGGGACCUCCCGGGUCCCCGGGCUCGGCCGGCGGCGCCGCCGCUGCGGCGGGAGGAGCCCCCGCGGACCCCCGGGCCACUCCCCGACGUGGUGGUGGGACAGGGUCCGGUGGCAGGGGGAGCCCGGCUCCGCGGCACCGGGGCGGGCACGGCCAGCGGGACCCCCAAACCGAGCGGGGUGACCCCAACGAAGAGCACCGCCAGCGGGGUGUCCCCCAGAAAGGGCACCACAACGGGGCCCCCCAAAACCAGCGGGGUGUCCCCCACGAAGGCCAUCGCCAGGGGACCCCCUAAAGGCAGCGAGACGCCCCCCUGGAAAGGCACCACGGCGGGACCCCCCAAACCCAGCGGGGUGCCCCCUCCGAAGGGCACCACGGCCGCGCCUUCGAGGAGCAGCACCACGACGGGACCCCCGAAGGGCAGCACGGCCCCCCCGGUGCGGGGCAGCGCGACCCCCCCCAGCCCCGGCCCCUCCCGGCGCGGGGGGCUGCGGGACGGGGACCCCGCGGCCACAGCCCCGGCGCCCACGGUGACCAAGGUGGCGGUGAGGAGGAGAAAGGUGGUGAGGAAGAAGGUGGUGAAGAAGAAGGUGCUGAGGAAGAAGCCGGAGGCUCCGGCCGCUCCGCAGGAGCCCCCGUGUCCCCCCCUGGGGCUGGAGUCCCUGCGGGUGCUGGACGAGCAGCUCCGGGCAUCGAGCCACAAGCGGCACGGGCUGGGCGCGCACCGCGGCCGCCUCAACAUCCAGUCAGGGCUGUACGACGGUGACUUCUACGACGGUGGCUGGUGCGCGGGGCACGAGGACACGCGGCAGUGGCUGGAGGUGGACGCCCGGCGCCUCACCCGCUUCACCGGCGUGGUCACCCAGGGCCUCAACUCCAUCUGGACGUACGACUGGGUGACGUCCUACAAGGUGCAGGUCAGCAACGACUCGCACGCGUGGCUGCCGAGCCGCAACGGCACCGAGGAGGCGGUGUUCCCCGCCAACAAAGACCCCGAGACGCCGGUGCUGAACCUGCUGCCCUCGCCGCUCGUGGGGCGCUUCCUGCGCAUCAACCCCCAGAGCUGGUUCCCCAACGGCACCGUCUGCCUGCGGGCCGAGGUGCUGGGCUGCCCCGUGCCCGACCCCAGCGAUGCCCACGCCUGGCACCCCCCGCCCCCCCCCGACUCGCAGCUGGAUUUCCGCCACCACAACUACAAGGAGAUGAGAAAGCUGAUGAAGAGGGUGAGCGAGGAGUGCCCCGACAUCACCCGCGUGUACAGCAUCGGGCAGAGCUCCCGCGGGCUGCGCCUCUACGUGAUGGAGAUCUCGGACAACCCCGGGCAGCACGAAGUCGGAGAGCCGGAGUUCCGCUACGUGGCCGGCAUGCACGGGAACGAGGUGCUGGGCCGGGAGCUGCUGCUGAACCUGAUGGAAUUCCUGUGCCGGGAGUUCCGCCGCGGCAACCCCCGCGUGGUGCAGCUGGUGACGGACACGCGCAUCCACCUGCUGCCCUCCAUGAACCCCGACGGCUACGAGACCGCCUACAAGCUGGGCUCGGAGCUGGCGGGAUGGGCCAUGGGCCGCUGGACGUACGAGGGCAUCGACCUCAACCACAACUUCGCCGACCUGAACACGGCGCUGUGGGACGCCGAGGACAACGACCUGGUGCCCCACGAGUUCCCCAACCACUACAUCCCCAUCCCCGAGUACUACACCUUCGCCAACGCCACGGUGGCCCCGGAGACGCGGGCGGUGAUCGCGUGGAUGCAGCGCUACCCGUUCGUGCUGAGCGCCAACCUGCACGGCGGCGAGCUGGUGGUCACCUACCCCUUCGACAUGAGCCGCACCUACUGGAAGGCCCAGGAGCUGACCCCGACGCCCGACGACGGCGUCUUCCGAUGGCUGGCCACCGUCUACGCCACCGCCAACCUGGCCAUGGCCAGCGGCGAGCGCCGGCGCUGCCACUACGACGACUUCACGCGCCACGGCAACAUCAUCAACGGCCAUGGGUGGCUGUGGAGGCGUGGCCCCAGAGAUGCAUGGGUGGCCGUGGGGGUGUGGGUGACAGCACUGUCACUUCACCAGCGGCCCCAGAGAUGCACGGGUGGCCGCGGAGCCGUGGGUGACAGCGCCGUCCCCGCGCAGGUGGCCCCGGAGACGCGGGCGGUGAUCGCGUGGAUGCAGCGCUACCCGUUCGUGCUGAGCGCCAACCUGCACGGCGGCGAGCUGGUGGUCACCUACCCCUUCGACAUGAGCCGCACCUACUGGAAGGCCCAGGAGCUGACCCCGACGCCCGACGACGGCGUCUUCCGAUGGCUGGCCACCGUCUACGCCACCGCCAACCUGGCCAUGGCCAGCGGCGAGCGCCGGCGCUGCCACUACGACGACUUCACGCGCCACGGCAACAUCAUCAACGGCGCCAACUGGCACACGGUGGCUGGCAGUAUGAACGACUUCAGCUACCUGCACACCAACUGCUUCGAGAUCACCGUGGAGCUCUCCUGCGACAAAUUCCCGCACGCCUCCGAGCUGCCCGAGGAGUGGGAGAACAACCGCGAGUCGCUGCUGCUCUUCAUGGAGCAGGUGCACCGCGGGAUCAAGGGCGUGGUCAGGGACAGUGACACCGAGCAGGGCAUCCCCAACGCCAUCAUCUCCGUGGAUGGCAUCAACCACGACGUCCGCACCGCCUCGGACGGGGACUACUGGCGGCUGCUGAACCCGGGCGAGUACGAGGUGACGGCGCGGGCCGAGGGCUACGAGGCGGCCACGCAGCCGUGCCGGGUCUACUUCGAGAACGUCCCCACGCCGUGCAGCUUCCGCCUGGCGCGGGGCCGCCACCGGCCCGGCAGGACCCGGCCGGGCCCCGACCCGGCCCUGCGGCUGCAGCGGCUGCGCCUCCGCCGCCUGCGCGCCCACGGCCGCGGGAACUGAGCCGGGGGCUCGGCCGGGCGGGACGGCUCCCAGUAAAGCUCGGCUGCGCUGCCGCUGCGAGUCUGCGGGCAUGGAGCGGCGGAGGGACCGGGAAUGGGAACGGGACCGGGACCGGGGCUCGAUCCUGCCCCGGAGGAACCCGGCGGGGCCACGCCCCUCGACAGGCCACGCCCGCUUCCCGCCCGUCAAUCGCCCCGCCGCGGUAAAGCCCCGCCUAUUCGCUGCGGACCAAUAGGAAUCCCGCGCCCCUCAUUAGGACACGCCCCUUUCCGCGGUAGAAAUAGUAAUCCGCCAUAAGCCACGCCCACAAUUCCCCGCCCCUUUCCUGGCGACGCGGGCUCCGCACGGCCCCGCCCCUUUCCCCCAAUGCGUCAUCUGGCCCCGCCCCUAUGCGCGUGUGAGCGCUUGUCCCGCCCUCCCUUCAUCUCUGGGCGCCUAUUGGCUGCUGGCGGCGGGAGGGGCGGGGCG